AUGGCUCAGGAAAACCUGACCACAGAAGUCACAGAAUUUGUACUAAUAGGUCUUUCACAGAAUCCAAAAUGGAAUUUCCUCCUCUUCCUGAUCUUUCUCACGAUCUAUGUAACAACGUGGCUUGGAAAUCUCAUCAUUAUCUUCACAGUGAUAUUCAUGCCUCAUCUCCACACACCUAUGUAUUUCCUGUUGGCCAGUCUUGCUGCCAAAGACAUUAGCGACUCCACAGUCACUGCUCUCAGGAUGUUGGUAGGCCUUCUCUCAAAACACAAUACCAUCUCCUAUAAUUGGUGUAUCACUCAAAUUUUCUUUUUUCACUUCAGUGCAGGUGCUUCAAAUGGUUUGCUAGUUUUGAUGGCCGUUGACAGAUACAUAGCUAUUGUGAAACCACUGGAGUAUUUACUUAUCAUGAAUCGAGGCAUUUGCAUAGGUUUCUUGGCGGGAAUCUUGUUGGGUGGUUUUGUUCACUCCAUUGUCCAGAUUGGCAUUCUUGUUCAGCUCCCCUUCUGUGGAUCAAACGUAUUGGACAAUUUCUACUGUGAUGUCCCACAAGUCCUCAAAUUGGCUUGUAGUGACACAUAUGUCAUAGAAUUGCUGAUGGUUUCUAAUAGUGGACUACUUCUCAUAAUAAUCUUCCCUGCUUUACUUGUAUCAUACUCUUUUAUAUUGAUCAAGAUUAGAACCUAUGUUGCAGAGGGAAAGAACAAAGCCAUUUCUACCUGUACAGCACAGAUGAUGGUACUCAGCUUAAAUUUUGGGCCUGCGAUAUUUAUUUAUGACCGUCCUUUCAAGAUAUUUCCAGGAGAUAAGAUAGUUCAAAUAAUGUAUACUCUCGUCACCCCUAUGCUGAACCCAAUGAUCUUCACUCUAAGAAAUACAGAAAUGAAAAAUGCUAUUAGGAAACUCAAAGGAAAAAUUCAGUCUUCAAAUUCUAUCUUCAAGAAAAAGGACUUUCAUUAG